AGCGUUUGACUUGUUGAUAUCGCUGCGCUUAUUCCAGGACGCGCGUGACGGGGAAACGACGGUCGCUUUUCGUUUAGGCAUCUUUCAAACUUUUUGGACAUGACAGAUCCCUACGACUUUUUGUUGAAGUGGAUUAUUAUUGGUACAAGCAACUGUGGAAAAUCAUGUCUCUUGUCACGCUUUGUUGAAAACAAGUUCAAGGCUGGUUCGGCUCACACGGUCGGCAUAGAGUUUGGGUCCAAGGUGGUAAAGAUUGGUAACAAGGCGGUCAAACUCCAAAUCUGGGAUUCAGCAGGUCAAGAACGAUUUCGGGCCGUCACGCGCUCGUACUGGAGAGGUGCCGCAGGAUGUUUACUGGUCUAUGACGUGACAUCCAGAUCUUCAUUUACACAGCUCAAGGGCUGGUUGGAUGACGCAAGGGCCCUCGCAUCACCGGACGUCGUGGUCGUACUGGUUGGGAACAAGAUGGAUUUAGAAGAGUAUCGGGAAGUGAGCUUUGGCGAGGCGACAGAGUGGGCAAAUGAGGAGGGGUUGGUGCAUGUCGAGACGAGUGCGCUUACGGGCGAAGGGGUCGAGGAGGCCUUUUUGACGGGGGCGAGGAGUAUUCUUAGUGCCAUCGAGACGGGCAAGAUCGACCCAGACCGAAUGGGCACAGGCAUCCAAUACGGCGAUCUAGCACUUUUAUCACACAAGAGUCUCUCUACCGAGAAGCGACGAGGAUGUUGUUCAUAGCUUAGUAGUAGUUUUAUGUUUCUUAAUUUUUUUUCUUUGAAUAUAGUGAAUGGCCGUCUAUGUCUAA